AAUUUGGAUUUGGUGUUGGUAUUUACGGAGAUUUCUUUGUGGGAGCUAUAUGCAUGCUUCCAUUGAUUAUCAAUGCUAUGACAUGGCAACGGACGUGGCUCAUUGCAUUAACCAGUUAACUAUUGGGAAUGAUGUUGUUCUUCUUUCCCGGAAUCAUUGUCUCCUUGAGUUAAAGCGCUCUGAAGUUGGAUUGCACGCGCUGACGCCAGGAAAAGACACAUCAAAAGAAACAACAGCAGUUCAGCCAACAACCGGAUGGGGAUGAGACAUACAGUAACCUGAUAGUAACCCUUGUAACUGGAAAGAACAUUCUAGUUCUCGUUUAAGCUGGAAAGGACAACUCAAAACUUCCCUUGGACGGGUCUUAUCCUCACCAUAUCGUUCUCUGCGAUUAUUGAUGGUAGGAUCAAUUCAAAUUUUCUUCAUGAAAUUUUCUGUACAAAUUAUCUUAAAGAGCAACGUCGUAUCAUUUCAGAAUGGGUAUCGGAUGUUCUUCCUUUCACUGCCAAAAAUCAAAACGAUCUACGAUCUUGGAUCUUUCUGAGAACAACAAUGAAAGCCGAAAAGAAGAUAAAGUUCUUCAUUCGAAAGAAUUGCUUCGUAUUGUAAACGAUGUCAAAGAUGAACGAAUAAAGGUACUCCGCGUGGAAUUCACUGACAUCAAUGGCAUCACGCGAUGUAAGAUGGUAGCCGUAAACACUCUGGAAGAAGUGUCUUUGAUCCUAAGGAAUGGGGUCCUCUUUUCACCGAUCUGCUUCAUGAAAGAUCCGGUAGGAGAAGGAUUCGAAUGUAAUUUCAAGAAAAACUAUUGGUUCUCUGAUAUGUGUGCCCUUCCAGAUCUGCGCACCUUUCGGAUUAUCCCUUGGCUUGAGGAUACGGCAGCUGUCUUAACAGUACUCUAUCACAUUAAUAUGAAAGACCUCGUGGUUGAGCAUCCGAGGAAUGUGGCGAACAGGCAACUCCAACAUUUGAAGGGUUUGGGUUUAUCACUGAUGAGUGGCUAUGAAUUGGAAUUCCGUCUUUGCGGCUCCGAAGGUGAACAACUAGUGAAAGACAGGGUUGGAUUUUGUGCCAGUAGCGUCCUCCUUGUAACGGCCAGGGACUACAUCAAGAGGUUAUUUGACUCUUUGCCGCGGGUCGGGGUAACUGUGGAUGCUAUACAUUCUGAGAGCCCCGACGGAUCUCUUGAAGUAUCGACGAAACCUUCAUUUGGAAUAAAGGCUGCAGAUGAGGCCGUUAUCUGCAAGGAUGCAUGUAAAGAAAUCGCUCUCUGCAACGGAUAUAAAGCACUAUUCAUUGCCGAUCCCGAUGGCACUGGGAGUGGGUUUACACUUCAUUUGAACCAUUCUCUUUGGGACAAGUCUGGUAACGUGGUAGUCAACGCUACAACUGGUGACCUUACUGACACGGCUAAGCAUUGGAUUGCUGGUUUGCUUGCUCACGCACGGGCGUUGACACCCCUCAUGGCUUCCACCGUUAGCGGGAUCAAUAUGUUCGGUGCUUACGAACUGGUCGAUUCGGUAGAACCGUCAUACGUUUCAUGGGGCAAACACAACCGCUCGGCUACUUUCCGCGUCAAGAAGAGCGAUGGACCAAGUGGAUCAUACAUAGAAAAUCGGCUUGGAAGGAUUGAUGCAGACCCAUAUCUUAUUCUUGCAGGUACCGUUGCUGCAGGAAUGGAUGGUAUAAUCAACAAGAUACCUCUCCCAGAUGAAUGCACGGGAAACGCCCAUACGGAAAUCCCUUCAAACACACCCAAAGUUCCCUGUGAUAUGAAGGAAGGUCUCGCUGCUUUGGUCCAAGAUAAAGUCCUUUGUGAUACUCUCGGCCAGGAAUUCAUUGACCUUCUAGUUGCUGCGAGAAAACACGAAAUUAGAGUACACAACGAAGACUAGGGAGAAAAUUAGUUUCCAAUUGCAUCUUUUGUAACAUAACUCUUUUGUGAACAAAUUACCAAAUACAACAUGAGCACUAUACACUUGCAUGCCGGAAAAGUGGAGGCAGAGAAAAUGAAGUAGAAGUAGAAAGUGCCCCCCCCCCCCCCUUUCUCAAAAGAAUUCUAUACCCCUUUUAUUUUGGCUAGUACAUGUACAUGUAUAUUCGUUUACGGUUAUUAUUUAGGAUAUGAUAGUUUUCCCAUUUCAUCAAUUAAAAAAAAAAUGAAUACAGUACCAGUCACCUUUCUUUGAAUCACUAUUGCCUGUUUCGGCCGGAGAGCAAUGGAUUUGGUCCACUGAUUCUAUUGUUCUCUGGCUGAGGCAGGUAGUGGUGAGUCUGGGAAUUGUGACUGGUAGUUUAUUUUAUCUUUGAACAAUUUUGUAUUAGCGAUAAUUCUGAUUUUAAAUGUUAUUGAAUUCACUCAUUACUGUACAGGACCCAAGUUACUCUUUUAUCUAUUAUGUAUAUAUUGUUAUUUUAUGUUAACAGGACCAGGCUGAAAAACAGUCAAUCUGAGCCUGUUAUCCUGUAUAAAGAUAUUUCAAUAAAUAAAUAAAUAAAUUUAGCACAAUAUCGACCAUUGACCGUAAGAAAACCUAAGAUAGGGAAAGUGAGAUGAUUCAGGUUCCAAAAAGGUGGAUUUUUUUCUUGAUUCCUUUUAUCCUAUCUAUCUUCACAAGAUUAACAGAUGAAAUGUCUUACUACAAAAAUAUAGACUUUGAAUUGCAUGUUUGUUCACAACAUUCGAGUUAUAUAUGUAUAUGUCGGGCAUACUUAUUUAUGUUGCAAGCGAAUAUCGUGGGUGGAUACAUGCAGCUUAGCUGCCUUGGUUUGGGACAGGCUAACUUGAUAACUGUGAACGGUGGGUCUCCCUCCCCGACCAAGCUAUAAGUACCAAGGGUUGGUCUGUAAUAAUAAUAAGUAAUAUAAUAUUUAAAAGAAGAUAAGUACACAAUAUUACAAUAAUUUGAGAAAAUUGACAGUGUACAAUGAGACCAGUCAUUAUAUGUAUUUUAUAAACGUGGAUAAUGGUUUUGAUAGUUCUGAAGUAUCAUUAAGAAUCGGAAUUGAUGGAGAAAGUUCAUUCGUUAAGCUAAUACAGUGAAUAAGAUUGUAAUCAAAAGAAAAGGUGGUUUAGAAGAAAAAGUGGAUGGGGCAUUGUUUUGGCUAGGCAAGGAGUUUACGAACUGGUUGUAAACUAGGUAUACAGUGCAAUGUACCGUUUAUUUUUUUAGGAAACCACAAUUAAAUUUGAAGCUGAGAAAAUGUACAUGAUUGAUAAGUAUGGGUUGAGUAACUUGGUUGACUGUACAUGCUGUAUGUAUACACAAGACAUCAUGUAAAACAGUAUAAAUAGAUGAUAUAAUCUUGGAGUAUUAUCAUUAACAAAAAUGGACAAUUAAAUUAUAAACCUGAAAAUGAAA